CUUGGCCACAGGUUGUCCUGGCAACCAGUUGAGCCAAACAAACAAGCAAAACCAGUUGGUAUUAAAUUUCAAGCAUUGUAGAGUAAAAUCCUCCGACCAUGUUAGAUCAGGAAUUGGAUACCGCCAUAAAGGCAACCCAGCAGAGCUUGGGCAAAUAUCUGAAGAAACCGCCAUUAACGGAGAAGCUGCUGAAGAAGCCGCCGUUCCGCUAUCUGCUCGACAUUUUUACAGCGUUUAUCAAGGAAACGGGCUGCUUUGAGGGUCUCUAUACGCCGGAGGAGCAGCUGUUCGAGAAUAUAGGCGAUCGAAAUGACAAGACGCGAUUUCUGCAGAAGAUGAUUGACGUCACAAAGCUCACCACGAAACUGGAUCUGAAGGUGCGCACCUCGAAGAUCGUGGCCGGGCACGAACCCAAGUUGACCAACGAACUGCUGCAGGCGAUGGCCAGCGUUGUGGAUCAGCGUCUUGAAUGGCAGGAUGCAGUGCAGCUGGUGCUGAACAGUGAUCCCGACAAGGCCAAGAGCCAGAGCAAGCCAAAGCCUGCAAAAACGACAAGCAAACAAAUAUCCCCCACCGGCAAGGACCCGACGCCGACGCAGCGCAAAGAGAAACGCAUCUCGCCGCAGGAGCAGAAGCUGCGCAAAGCCACCGAGCAGACGGCACGAAAAUCGCCUGCCGACAAGGAGAAGCCACUGCGUCGGCACAAACCAUCGCCCGAUGCGUCGGAGGCAAAGCCAAAGCUGACCAAACAAGGCUCCAAGCAGAAGAGUCCCUCACCCACAAAGCCGACGUCCAAACUAAAGCAACAAGUCUCCUCGGAGAGUGAAAUAAAAUCCAUGUCACCAACACCGGCGGCGCAAGUCAAGCAGCCAUCGCCAGUCAAGCAACCAUCGCCAGAGCCCUCACCUAAAUCCAAUGCCCCGAAGAGUCCGUCGCCCAAGGAGAAACCUGCACCAGUAGUGGAGCCCGUCAAGCAGCCUUCACCGCCACCAACAACAGCUGCUUCUUCUGUGGCUACUACUGAGCUGCCAGCAGUAGGCAAUUUGGAAUCGGAAAGCCGCAAAUCAUCCAGCAAGAGUCGACGCUCCAGCGCCAGUCAGCGACAGGCAGCAACCGCCGAAGCGGAUGCCAUUGAGCUGCCCCGAACAACUAACGACUCCAGGGAACCAUCCGCAGCAAACAGUCCGAUCAGUGCAGCAGCUGCCGACUCGAACAACAACAGCAGCAGCGAAGCCAAGAGGGAACGGGAGGGCACCUUUACGCGUGACAAUUCCAAGGAAUCCACCAGCUCGGUGACACGUCCGCGCACCUCGUUGCGUCCGCCCAGCGCACGACCAGCGUCGGCACGCCCUGGCGCGCCUCGACGUCGCAAUGUGGAGAUUGUGUUGCAGCCACAUGAACAGCUGAAGAUGUCCGGCGUCAAUGUGAAGCUGGAGACGUUCGGGGAUUUUGAUGAUGAUGGCGAGAAUCUGGUGGUCAUUGAGGAUGCCAAUGCGCAUGACAUAGAGGCGGGUACAGCGGAUGCCCAGCUCGAUCUCCACGAUGCGCAUCAGGGUCGUUUGGUCCAACAGAUACUGGAGACCCAAAAGGAGCUCGUUCAACAGACCAACGACCCUGGCAAGGAGGAUGCACAGCAGAAGACACAUUCGGCGGGCACGCGUCAGAGCUCGGCGCGUCAAGUGAACAAUCUGCGCGAUAUAAUACAGACGAUAACCAAAUCGGUAAAUCCACUGGGCAAACUAAUGGACUUCAUACCCGAGGACAUCGAUGCCAUGCAGCUAGAGUUGACCAUGUGGCGGGAGGCGUACACACAGGCAGCCACGGAGCUAAAGCGCGAGCGGAGUCUCACCGCAUCCGCAACGGAACCGAUGAAGCAGCAGCUGCUCUCCAUCGAGGCCAGCAUUGUUGAGUACAAGGAGCUGGUGGACGAGAGUCGCCACAAGAUUUUGCAGAACAACGAACGCAUACUCAAAAUGCUAAUGGAGCAAUAAAUUUGUAAAUAUGUUUAUUUAAUAAGAUCUCUUUUAAAAAAAA